AUGCAGAGUGAGCUACAAGCUCUCGCUCAGAAGAUUGGAGAACUAGAAUCAGAGGCAGAGGAGCACCAACUCGUGCUAGCGACGUUGAGUGAAACGGAACCAUCACGAAAAUGCUUUAGAAUGGUUGGCGGUGUGCUCGUAGAACGUACAGUCGGCGACGUCUUGCCCACACUCCAGACAAACUUUGAGGGGAUCAAAGGAGUGGUGGCUACGCUCGCAGCUCAGUACAAAUCCAAAGAAGAGGAGUUUACGACAUUUAUCAAAGAUUACAAUAUACGAGUAACUCGAGGAUAG